AAAUUCACAAUCGGAAAUUAAAGACCCACAAGUUUAUGCUCAUAUCUUUUCGAUCAUUUAUUUUUGUGUACCUACAACUUGGGGAUUUAAUUGUCCAGAAUGCAUGCAGAUGCAGGAGAACUAGGUCUGUUUAUUCCUAAACUGAUCAGGCUGCAGAUGCAAUCGUCAUAUGUAAUUUUAGUGAUUUUCUUGUGCAAUAUUAUUAGUAUGAGUAACGUUACUGAGGCAGCCGCAACAGUCAAGCUACCGGAGAAUGUGACUAUCCCGGCUGUUAUUGUAUUCGGAGAUUCAAUUGUUGAUACCGGCAACAACAACAAAAACUUCGUGACAUUUGCACGCUGCAAUUUCUUACCCUAUGGAAAAGACCUCAAGGGAGGAAUGCCAACCGGCAGAUAUUCCAAUGGAAAGGUUCCCUCAGACUUCAUAGUGGAAGCAUUCGGAAUCAAGGAGCUGUUGCCGGCAUAUUUGGAUCCAACCCUGCAGCCUAAUGACCUCCUUACCGGUGUUGUCAUAGCUAACGGUGCUGCAGGUUAUGAUCCAUUGACAGCAAAACUCGGGGUAGUUGCAUCGCUAUCCGACCAAAUGAAACAGUUCAAGGAGUACAUAGAAAAGCUGAAAGGAAUUGUUGGAGAGGAGAAAACAAACUUCAUUAUAAAAAACAGUCUGAUUUUUGUGGUAGCCGGCAGUAACGAUAUUUCUAAUACCUAUUUUCUUACCGGUGCUAGGAGAUUGGAGUAUGACGUUCCUUCUUACACCGACUUCAUGCUCAAACAUGCCUCUGAUUUCGUCAAGGACUUGUAUGGAUUGGGGGUACGAAGAAUAGGUGUACUAAGUGCACCACCUAUCGGAUGUGUACCAUCUCAACGAACGGUAAAUGGAGGCAUAGAAAGAGAUUGUGACGAAAGACAAAACCAAGCAUGUCAGCUGUUCAAUUCCAAGCUCAAUGUGGAGAUGGAUCGCCUUAACAAAAUCCUACCAAACUCGAGAGUGGUCUACAUUGACAUCUAUAAUCCGCUACUCGAUAUCAUAAAAAAUCCCGCUAAAUACGGGUUUGAAGUUGCGAAUAAAGGGUGUUGUGGUACUGGCCUUAUUGAAGUAACAAAACUGUGCAAUCAGCUCCAACAGGUCUGCACAGAUGACUCUAACUAUGUUUUCUGGGACAGCUACCAUCCAACCGAAACAGCGUACAAGAUCAUUGUGAAGCAGAUGCUCGACAAUUAUUCCAGCCGCUUCUUCUAAGCAAGGAUCCCAACGGCGAUGAUUGUUGAAGCUAGGAAUAAUGAAAGACGUAGUGGCGGGAGAAAGAGAGAGGGAAGAUUCCCCGACAAGCUCAACCAUCCACAGUCUCUCUUCUACUUCGACUGAUUCUCGCCCGGAUUCACCGCUCGAGGUCUGAUUCGAUCGUCGUGUCAAGGUUGAAGAGGUCCGAACCUGGCUUUCUUAUGAAAUUGUAAAUUUAGUUAAUUAACUUUAUAUGCCAUGUGCGACCUGUCAUCAAAUAAAAAAGAUUAACAAUUAAUUGACAAAUAGAGAAAAAGGGAUUCUCGUUCUUGUUCUAAUUCAUUCUAUGAUGUGCGGAAGCGUUGGCUUUGCAGGCUGGUUGUGAGUUGGGUCUCUAUUUGAAUCUGACUCGUGGUGGUUGAAUCUGAUUCUCAAAGGAACUAUUUCAUGUAUGCGGGGUUCAAUCUUUGAGGGCAGAUGGGAGGCUUGUCUAUUUUAGAGUAGUGUUUGAAGCUUGGGGAGGCCUUUCAGGGCUGUCGUUGAUCUUGGGUUCCAAGAUCAGCAAAUGUAGCAGCGGAUCAUUUAGCGUCGCGCAGAUGUGUGAUGUGUCUUGGGUCGAACGACCCCAUCUUCUCUAGUGCAUGUUUUGAAUAAGGAUGAUUUACCUUGCCCGGCUUAAUUUUGUGUGGGAGGUGCAAGGGGGGACACAUUGAGCUUACUAGAGUGUCGGCUCUUCUACCCCCUGUUCUUCCGGUCUGUUUUUUGGUUGGUUGCUUGUGUUUUGGCUUUCGUUGUACUGUUGGGCUUCUCUUGCCUGAUUUUAAUUAUUAUUUUAAAA